AUGUUGAAAAAAGCAUUACCUAUUCAAUUACCAAAACAUCGCGCCCUAUCCAAUAUUGAUUUGGAAAAAUAUGCCAAGUUACUGAAACUAAAACAUUUUCGCGGCGUAUUCAUGAAAGAUCAGUUACCCACAAUGAAAAUACACAAAACCGAAUCUGGUAUUAUCAAUUUGGAUAACAGCACAGGUGUUGGAACUCAUUGGACAGCAUAUAAAAUAAUUGGUAAAAACAUCCACUAUUUUGACAGUUUUGGCAAUUUGCGACCACCUUUGGAAUCGGUCAAGUACUUCAAUUCAAAUGGCGACUAAGUUUUUCCCUACGAUAACCUCAACCUGGACUUUGACUCCAAUCAUUUCGCAAUCCUAUAUGAAAUGUAUGCACAAUUCCAAAAAUCCUACUAUUAUCGUGAACAAAGUGAACCAUGCUUCUAUCCUAUAAACUUUAAACAAGAUGCUCCUCUGGUAGUCAUUGAUUGCUCUCGGCAAGGUGAAGACCUCCUAAAAGGUGGUGCUGUUGAUAUUCGUGUAGAAUUUGAAACGAAAAAAGCGGUUCAAGCAAACACUACAGCUUACUGUUUGAUUUUCCACGAUCGACUUGUAAAAUACAAUCCAUUGACCAGCACAGUGCGAGUUAUUUAG